AUGGUGAGUGGGGGAGGCCAAGCUCCAGCAAUUGGCAUCGACUUGGGCACGACGUACUCUUGUGUUGCUGUAUGGAAGCACGAUCGAAUCCAGAUCAUAACCAAUGACCAAGGCAAUCGAACGACACCAUCUUGUGUUGCAUUCAAUGAUACCGAACGUCUAGUUGGUGAUGGUGCCAAGAAUCAAAUUGCAAGGAACCCUGCAAACACCGUAUUCAAUGCAAAGAGGUUGAUCGGCAGGAGGUUCAGUGAAGUCAUGGUGCAGGAUGACAUAAGGUUGUGGCCAUUUAAGGUCAUACAAGGGAUUAUCGACAUGCCAAAAAUUGUGGUCACUCACAAGGGUCAUGAGCAACAAUUUUAUACGGAAGAAAUUUCAUCAAUGGUUGUUAGCAAGAUGAAAGAAGUUGCAGAGGCGUAUAUAGGUGACACCGUAAAAAAUGCUGUCAUAACAGUCCCAGCUUAUUUCAACGAUUCUCAGCGUCAAGCAACCAAGGAUGCUGCUGCUAUUGCUGGACUAAAUGUGCUGCGUAUAAUCAAUGAGCCAACAACAGCUGCAAUUGCUUAUGCAGUAGACAACAAUUUGUCUUCGACUGGAAACAAGAAUGUUCUUAUAUUUGAUCUAGGUGGUGGCACUUUUGAUGUCUCUCUUCUCACCAUUGAUGGUGUGGGUAAAUUUGAGGUGAAGGCUGUUGCUGGUGACACUCAUUUGGGUGGUGAGGAUUUUGAUAACAGAAUGGUGAAUUAUUGCGUUGAAGAUUUUAAAAGUAAAUGGAACAAGGAUUUGACUGGAAAUAAAAGAGCAUUAGGAAGGUUGAAAGUUUCUUGUGAGAAAGCAAAGAGAAUUCUUUCAUAUGCUACAGAAGCACCAAUCGAACUCGAGUAUUUGGUUGAGGGUAUUGAUUUGUCGAUGAAAAUUACUCGUGCCAAAUUUGACGAGCUUAAUAUGGACUUCUUUACAGAGUGUAUUAAACAAGUGGAGAAAUGUUUAGCAGAUGCAAAUAUGAACAAAGCAGAUGUAGAUGAGGUGAUUCUUGUCGGUGGUUCAACUAGGAUACAGAAGGUCCAAAGUAUGUUACAGGAGUUCUUUGAUGGGAAGGAGCCAUGCAAGAACAUCAACCCUGAUGAAGCUGUGGCUUAUGGGGCUGCAGUUAUGGCAGCAAACUUAAGUGGUGAAACUUCGAAGAUUGUAAAACAGCUGAUGCUAAUGGAUGUAACUCCCUUGUCUCUGGGUACAGAGGUAAAUGGGGAAAUAAUGUGUGUGUUGAUCCCAAGGAAUACUCCUAUACCAAUCAAGAAGUCAAAGAUAUUUUCAACAUGCGAAGACUACCAAUAUUCUAUAGAAACCAUGGUGUGCCAAGGGGAACGAACUAAAUCUACUGACAACUAUUUGUUGGGAUCGUUCACAAUAUCUGGAAUACCACCUGCUCCUAAGGGUGUCGGAAAAGUUGAGGAUUGCUUUGAAAUAGAUGAUAAUGGUAUCCUCACAGUUACAUCCAAGAUAGUGGCCACUGGUAAGACCAAAAGCCUUACUGUUACCAAUCUUAGUGGAAGAUUGUCAAAGCAAGAUAUUGAGAAAAUGGUGAAAGAUGCUGAGAAGUUUUAG